AUGCCUUUUAAUUUCUUCACCGUCAUACCCAUCAUCAAAAAAUGGCGCGCUAUGGCGGCCAGUCGUAGCGAAGCGACCAGCGGGACGCUCGCAAACGUCGGGAUAGCUGUGAAGAAUAAUCUCCUGGAGGGGAUGCAAGGCCUCCUGCGCGCUCUCAACACCUUGAAGGUGCUCCACCCUUUCAUCGGACCCCUCGUUCUCGCGUUUCAAGCCGCGCAGGCACUUGUCGCAACGAUCCAAGCGAACGAGCACAAGGUCCUCGAGCUGUGCAUAUCUAUGAGGGACCUGAUGACGGUGGUCCUGAGCCUGAAAGACGCCCCGAAGCACCAACUGCUGAUCUGGGACCAGCUCAAGGCCCGCUGCGCCGACGCAGCGGCCGACAUGGACAGCUGUGUCUUAGCCUGCCGCGAAUACACCAGCUGCAUCUUCCUCGCGAAGGUCUUCCGCGCGCUCGAGUGGGACAGGCGCUUAGGCCGCUUCCUUAGCCUAUUCCAGGACCACCGCGCGACGCUCUCGGUCUUGCUGCUCGGCCACAUGGCGCACGGCAUCGACGGCCUGCAUGAAAAGGUGGACGGGCUCGCGGAGGCGCUGGCGGAGGCGCUGAGACAUUCUGCAGAAGAAUUCAAGAGGCUCCAGGAUAUCAUCGAUCGGAAGGGGCGGGAGUCGUUCCUCCACGAUGACGAAGCGCUCCGCGAGCUGCACGCCCAGGCGACGAGACUCGCACCGCCCGAGUCGAGGGCGGCCGAGGCUGCGAUGAGCGUCGAGCAGCUGAAGGCAUCCCUUUUCGCCGAUGCGGAGCGCCCCGUCGGAGAGGCGGGUCCAACACCGUCCGCACCGGUUCUCCCGACCCCGCUCGAUCAACGCUCCGAAGUGACACACCUCCCGGCUUUCCAGGACGCCCAGGAGCACAGCGAGGAACAAAGCCCCCCCCACAUCGACCUGCGCGCAAAGGGAGUGACUAUGGUAGGCACGCUGUCCUUCUGCCACGUAUCCCUCGCCGGACAUCAGGCGGUGGAUGCAGCCCCCGCCCGAAUGUCUGCGGGGCAGGACGCGCUGCAUACUCAUGGUGCCCCCCGGAGGCGGAAGCCCGAGUGCGACUGGAGGUGCGGCCGCCCUGGUGCGCCGACGCCAGCCUGA